AUGGAAGGAGUUUUUGAUAGAAUAGCUUGGUUAAAAAUUUUUGGCCUCCCAGUGAACCUCUGGAAUGAAGAAAACUUAUCUAGAAUUGCCAAUGAAUUCGGUAACGUGAUAGAGCCAGUUGAGAUUCUGCCAAGUAUACAGGACAUGUCCCUAGGGAACAUCGGCAUCUUGACAGAAAACAAAAAAAGAAUCAAUGAUGAAGUAGUGGUGGAAAUAAACUGGAAAAUUUUCAACGUGGGUGUGAUGGAAAGUAAUUACGAUUGGUCCCCUUUUUCAUCUGGUGCGGUCGACACGUUAGAAAUCUAUGAGGCCGAAGAGGAUGUAGACAUAGUGAGUAAUAUAGACAAUAAUAUGCUGGAAGAAGGUGAAAUCAACGACAUAAAUGAUGGCAAUGAGGAAGGGAUAUCAGAGACAAAUUUGGCUAAUGAGUCAGAGGCAAAAAAACGAGGCUGCCAGUGCAGAUGUCAUUCCGACAACGGUGUAAGCGUCGGUACCAGACACAGGUGUGGAAGAUGA